CUGGCGGGCUGUGUGUGGGGCGCGGGCGGCGGGCCGGGGCUGCCGGCUGCGGGGUCGGGAUGGCGCAGCCCGCAGAGGCCUCGGGCCACGCAGCGACCGCCAGCAUGGACAACAACGUCCUGGCCAUCGUCAUCGCCGCCACGGUGUCCACCUCCGUCUUCAUCGUGGCGAUCCUCAUCCUGCUGCUGCUCUUGUACCACCGGGACCCCAUGUGCUGCCAGUUCCUCUGCUCCUGCCGCCUGUUCCAGACCCCCAGCCAGUAUGACCGCCCCCCGCCCUACUUCAGCAGCAGCCAGCAGCUGGUGGGAGCCCAGCGUGGAGCCUCACGGCUGGAGAGCACUGCUGAGAACCCCGGCAUGCAGGGAGACGAGCUCUUCUGUGUGGGACCCCCCAGCACGUACCAGCUCCCGUCCUGGGAGCAGCCCCGCCUGCCCAGCUACGAGAGCGUGCGGAAGAAAGAUCGCCAGCGGGAGAUCCAUCAGAUGAUUGCUGACAGGUUUGGGCUGUGGGCAGAGCCAUCCCAGGAGAUGCCACCUCCUUAUGAGCAUGCUCUGAGGCAUCCUCCAGCUUUCUCAGGAACAGGAAUAAGCUCAGAGACCUUGGACAGACAUGGUGUUCCAGAGCCUUUCCAUGCCCCCUUCAGCUGCCAAACCCAGCGGAACACUGCGGUGUAAGGCCUUGGCCUCAGGGUACUGCUGCUUCCUGCUGCCAGCAACACAAGUGCCUGGGAUACCAUUUUCCUCCACACUGAAUGGCCAAACCUUCACCCAGAUCAGCUGAAACACAGGCAAGGCCAACCCAGCCAUCAGUGACAUCCCUCUUGCAGCACAACAACCACAGAGCCAUUGCUGGCACUGAGCUGAGCAGAGGAACCAGGGACAUCUGCUCACUCUUCUCUGGCAAACACCAAAGGCAAAGGUCCAGCUGCUGGAGCUGCACAGGGCAUAGCCAAGGGGAAUGUCUGCUAGGCUUCAGCUCCUCAGGAGCAGCACUUCAUACCUCUGUGAGGCAGCACUGCUGGCUGUACAAAGGACCAGACCUCAGGCACUGGUGGUAUUGUGCUGCUUCACCUGUUUCUUAGGUUAUCAAGUGUUUUACUGCAUCUGGAUUACCUGCCAGCUGGAAAUCCUCACCUGUGAGUGGCAGAAGGGAUGGGCUUUGGAGCACCAAUGGCCUCAGUCACUGACAGCAGUUCUGUACAGAGCCCACAUGGAUGUGGAGAGGCUCCCUGGGUUAUACCCAAAUUCAGACCACCACGAUGAACCACGGGACUGAUCUGCAGGCUGGGAAAGGACAGAUGCACAGACUGAACAGCUGGAGGUCUACACAAAGACUGUGAAGCACAGGUGGACACGUGUGCCUGACCCAGUGCACCUGGUCUUCUGCAGAGCAGAAGAAUUGUCUGGAUAAUGUCAACACCAGUGUCCUUACACUACUGAUUUUGAUAACCUGUUUUCUACUGCAGAGUCAAUGUUUCAAAUUGUUUACAAACCUGUAGAUAAAAUGAGAUCACUUUGGGCACAACACAUUGGGGCUCCGUUAUUUUGAGCAAUACAAGCUCAAAAAUGUCACGUAAUGACUCAAAGAUAAAAGGAUGAGUUUCCUGGAUAAUGCUUUAUCAUACACCUCCAGCUGCUGAGGCUUCAAACACUAGCCCAGAUUAGGGCAUCUUGCCAGGCCCCCUGAACUCAGUAAUGAGUUACAAUUAGGCCUGUGAACUUGCCUUACAUGGCCAGUGAAUGGCACACUCAGAUAUUUAAGUUAAUAAUUGAGGUGAGUGAGCUAGAGGGAAAAAUCCAGCUUCCAGGUACACAGCAUAAGUGCAGGUGGAAAAGGAUCUGUUCUGUAUUUUGAAUUAAGGUACAAACAGAACAGUAAUGACUAAAAAUGAGCAAAAAUAGAGGGAAUUAUUAGUAGGACAAGUACUGACACAAGAGUGAUUGUAGAGGGAAUUCAUCCAAUGGCACAACAGACCAGGCUCUCAGAUACUACAUGACCAUGGUAACACAUUCCAUGAGCAGCCAAGAUCUUCAGCUGCCCCACAGCUUUUAUUAAACACUCUUAAAAAUGCCAGCCAGUGAUCUCAGUGCCUGAACACAGAUCACAAGCACUUCAGGAACAAAACCAAGUCCUGAAAUGGUAUCUUCAGAGCCACUCUUGUCCUCAGGUGCCAGCACAGCUGCAGUGUCUGUCCUUUCCAUCUGUGCCCAUAUGCCACAGCAGGUUCACAGCAUGGUGACGAGUUUGAAGCUUCCUACCUCUGUGGUAGGGACAACACUGAUAAAAGUUUUAUAAAGGACUGCUCCUUGGGGCAGCUGGCAGAUCACAUCCCUGCUCUCGCUGCUGCGGGGUGGGGGCACGUAGACCUCCUUGGUGUAUCUCACAAUCCCAUCCUCCAGGGCAUAGAGUGUCUUGUUCCGGCCCAUCCCCACCUGGGAGAGGAGGAGGAGCAUUAGAAAGGAGAGGCUGGACAUCCACAACUAAAGCAGAUCUGAUCACUGGUCUGCCUUGUUUGAUAUCCUGGCUUCAACAGCAUCUGUUGCUUUAUUUUUUAAAAUAGAACCACACAACUUGCUUCCAGCAACCAGUUUGCAAUGGUGCUCAGGAGAAGACAUGAGACACCCAUUCCACCCUGAAUGUCAGGUCACAGAAGUGUUCUGGGACAUCAAUUACUUGCAGACCUUCCCUGAGUCCCAUGAACACAGGAACCUGGCACCACCUGACAGGUGAGGCUCUGAGCAAACUGUGACUAACAGCACAGAACACAGGGAUGAGCAUGCAGAGGAGGCAGUGAAUGUGGCACUCUGGGGGGACUGCUGUUCUCUGAGAAGCAAAGAGAGAGCAAAGGCCUUACGUGAGCGCCGGGGUGCCAGCGGAUCAAGCGCUGCGUAGCCAGAAUGUUUCCUGCAUGGACAAAUGCACCUGCAACACAGUCACACAGUCAGCCUGCAGAGAAAGGGCUUCCAGAGCCCUGGCACAACACAAAUGAUUCCAGCACUUACAAAUCCCAGCUUUCUGUAGGCAUUUUCUAAGGAAAAGUUAAAAUCAUCUGAACUAAAUGCUGUUAGCCGGAAAUGAAAGGGCAAUGGAUAGACCAUUCACAUCUCUGAAAAGAUUGCUUCUAGGGUGCAAGGCUUUUCCUGGCUGCUGAAGGCAUUUGUUUUAUUACAUUUACAUUGACAUGUUUCCAUCAGCAAAGCUAGUAAUUAUUAAGCACUCAGCCGCAAGAAUCUGCACUUUGGCUUCUGCUAAGCUCUGUAAUUCUCUCCUUUGUAAACACUGGAAAUGCUCAGUUUUUCCACCCGGGUGGGGGGAAAGUGCAAUGCAGUUAUGAGGUGUCUCACAGUGCUCCCUCCUCCUGGGCUCUCUGGAGAGGCAAAGUUGGAACCAAAGUACAUUUCCUGUAGGCAAUUUUGGCUGGUGGGGGGAUCUGACUCACCCUGCCCUCCCACCACCAACCCUGGAUCACGAGGUUUCACUGAUCCUCCCCUUCUUUCUCCAUGAAAAAUGCCCUGCCCACCUCCCGAAACACUCAACAACCGACACACAGCAGGGGAGAGAAGCUGUGAAGAGCGCAGUGAAAUGCAAAUGAGAUACUCAGGCCUACCUUCGACUUUUUUGAAGCCAUAGCGUUUCCCCGGGCUGCGGCCACCGAGGUUUUUGGAGCUGCCCCCGCUUUUCUUAGAAGCCCACCUGACAGCAACCAGGCUGGGAUGGUGAGUGGUUAGAACUAGGGCAGGAGAAAGAACAACAUCAGCUGGAAAAAUAUCCUGUAUAAUUCCUUCUGUCAUAUGUAAGGAUAUCAGUUAAGAUGGGUUUUAAAAUUAAAGGCAAAAGAAAGCCCUGGGAGAAACAAAAAGUACUUCCAAGAUAAAUUAGACCCAAAUGGCCUAAGUUCCUUGGAAAAAGGGCACAUCUCAAGUGCUGCUGCUGCUGCUGCCCAGGUAAGAAUAAAACUCUGAGCAACCAUGUUAAAUGAUGUGCACAAAUUUCUGUUUCAUUCUUGUAAAAUGCAGCACAGAUGUCAUUGGUUGCUGUGGACUGCUCUUACAGUGCUUUGGGAAAAGAUGGGUUGUGAUCUGUUUCAGUUUCCUCUUUGACCAAAUGGCAUUUAUUUACACAGCUACACCCUGAAAUUGUACAAAUGAGCAGACUCCAAUUCUGGAAAAUACAUAAACAUCUAUGGCCAGCCAGAAACAGUCUGAGGAGUAGCCAGGAGCAUAAAGGUUGGACUUGCUGGUAGUGGAAGUUUUCCCAACCUUAAUGAUUCUGUAAUUCUAUCAUUAAAGGCUCUAAGAAGGAAUACAGA